CCUAUCCAGAUUGCACUCAUUGAUUUCUUGAACUACAUUGUUAUUCCAAGCCUAUAGAAAUGAAAUACACAUUAUGUGAUAUUCUUUAGAUAGCUCAGUGGCUAGACCUUUUACGCUCUAAGCUGCAGUAUAUUUACCAUUGGAUUUUUAAACUAUUUUCUGUGGUCAAAUUAUCGCGUUUCCUUUUUAGUUUUUCGUUAGAUUUAAACUGUCAUCGGUGAGAGGCUUGGCAAUAUGCCAAGAAACAAGUCGCUUUGGCAUUACAACGCGGGAUAAACAAGUGAGCGGAAUUGGAAUUAUAUGUUUUGCACCGCCUCUUUCUUUCUAUUGAAGAAUUCUAUUGACGAAAGAAAGCUUGUUCGGUAGCCGUGUUUUAUGCAUGGUGCCGUGGUGCAAACUAAACACGCGGAAUUUACGACUGUGCCACUCUUUCACUUUGGAUUUAACUUGUGGGAGCUUGGAUUGGCAAAAUGAUACUCCACAUUGGAUAGAUAAACAGGCUGCCACAUUAUUGCUGAAGCAGCUUGGUUUGCUACAUUGUGUCCAAAUCUCUAAAGUCCCUCGGACCAGAGACAGCAACCGAUUGUCCUUCCGCGCAGUCGUAAGAGAUAUAUUACCAGGCCGUUAGGACAGCUACCCUGCCUCAUCAGACACCCCCAGCAGACACAACCCAACAGAAACGCCCAGUGGAAACACCCAAAGAGAAACACCCAGUGGACACAACCAACCAAAGCACCCAUUCAACAGACACGCCCAGUGGAAACACCCAAAGAGAAACACCCAGUCGACACAACCAACCAAAGCACCCAUUCAACAGACACGCCCAGUGGAAACACCCAAAGAGAAACACCCAGUGGACACAACCAACCGAUGCACCCAGUGGAUACAUUGAACUAACACCCCCAGUGGAUAUAUAUGCGCAACUGACACGCCUAUCGGAUAACCCCAUGAGACACGCCCACUAGACACACCCAUUGGACACGCCCACUGGCUACGUCCAGAAGUAACGCCCACUGUACUGCAUACAAUGUUGAUGAGAUAGAGCAUCCAUAGAGCAUCUGGGGAGGAGGAUUACCAAAUGAGAUCACAGUUGCCCAAACACGGCCCCGGCCAGCAUCAUCCGAGUCCAACAUCAACGUCAUGCUAGUACAUUCCCUACCCACACUUACAACCCGCCUCAUGUGGAAGUCAGUCUUUGUGUUCCUGCUGAUCCUAAGCAUAGCGGCAACUCCCUCCAGGAACGGAAAACAGUGCUCCACCAUCAGAAGAAGUGGUGAGGUCAAGAAAUGUAGACUGCGUGAGUGCGAGUCCAGGAUAUAUGUCAGAGAUGCUGAAAAAGGCAAAAAGCUGUGUUGUUACCAAGAACCAGCUCAUGCAGAGUACUCAAGACGGGCCUUAUCCUUCAAUUGCACUGACGCCAGAAGCCUGAAAGACUUCACUGUUAACGAUGUACAGUAUCUUGUGGUAACAGACCUCAAAAAAGGUCGAGUCACGUUACUCAGGUGGGACGAAGAUGACAGGGAGUUCCGGACGCAGCAAAUUCUGUACGUGGAGAAACCUUACAGUGCAGAGGUAGUGCAGCAUCGAGGCCGGCUUCUACUCCUGGUGGCUGUGUUUGAUGGGCAGCAAUGCGGACAAUGUGGCCUUCUCCGCAGCCCUGUAUAUCAGUGGGACCACGUAGCAGGCAGGUUCAAUGAGACCUCCAUUCAGGAACUCCCGUCAUCCAAGUACAUACGCUGGUUUCUGGACAGACACAACGGGGAAAGUACUGCCUUCCUUGUGAUUGGACGCUGCACCUGCGACACGCUGUUGUACUCGUGGGACAGGCGUGCCAACCAGUUCCAGAAGAUUGACCAGCCCGACUUUGGAAGGGUGCCCGAUAGUUCAGAUAUCGUGGUUCAGUCGGUCCGACACCAGAGAACACAAUACACUCUCUCAGCUCAGUUGAAGGGAGACUCUUCAAUCGAUCAUGCAAUCUCGGUCUCCCGAUGGUCGCAAAGCCAGGGGAUGGUUUCGCAGAGACAUUUAGAUGUAAGAGUGCAUGGUUCUGCUCAGCAAGGAUUGAGUGUCCAUCAGUACAAAGGCCAAGUCUUCAUGUGCACCAUUACCAAAGGCAAUCGGAGAGGCCUGAUGACCACCAUCUCCAAGUUACAGUUUGAAAGUGACAAUGACUCGUUCUCAGUCAGUAAAACUGAGGUUGGUCGGACAGAAGACAAAAACCAUUACCAGUCUUUCUGUACACUCUUUGUCAAUAAUCACGACAAGGAGCUCUACGUAGCCGUCGGAUACUAUACUCGGCCCACGAGUCUGAUGAGAUACAGCCUGAUAACGGACAGCUUCUCAGAUGCCGGGGAGCUGUCCCAGGACAUUGGUGCAUUCGACCUGGUGACUUUCCAAAACGGGGAUGAUUUCUUCAUUGCCACAGUCACCAACACCACAUCGUUAGGGUGCAGAGUUAAUUUGUUCAGUGCAGAUUUGUAAAACCAAAUCCAAAAAAAAAAAACCCAAUAUUUU